AUGCGACGGCUAACUGCUGGGUUCACAUCAGAACAUGAGCAAACAUCUGGAUUCGUCGAGAUUGCCAUAGCAACGCCUGAACUUGAAUCGCUUACUCUUGUCCAUGAACAAGAUGUGUUCAUGUAUGACAUGUACGAGAGUAUAGACGCGGACCCAAUAUUCGAAGUUGUAGAGCUCUAUUGCGACGAUAGCGUCAACUCGAUUCUCUUCGAACAUAAGAAGGUCAUGACAAGUCAACUUACGAUUCAAGGUUUCCUGCCCCCGAGCUUUCCUUCCACCAUAUUCGAUAUGUCAAAGUUGACAAAGCUGGCUUUCUUUGACUGCAUCUUCCCAUUCGCGGUGAACUUCUGCUGCCUCCCCAACCUACAAAAUCUGACGCACUUUACGCUCUCUACUCAUGACGAUUUUUAUAUAUUGGACAUGAUAUCGUUAGAGAUCAUGCUAGGACGUAACUAG